UUUCUGCUACACUACAUCUGCUAUUAAAAUACUUGUACAUGAUGUACUUUCCUACUUUAAAAACAGAUAUAUACAUAUAUAUCUAUAAUAUACAUUCACCACACUAGAGCAGCGGUAACCUAUGACGAGAACUUCCACGUUGACUAAUGGCUACUUACCAACUGUCAUAAAUGGGGCGAGCUCAUAGCUAUAGAAACAUACCUAAGUAGAUCCCAACCCAACUGUUUGGAGUGAGAUCGUAUGUAGCUUGUACUUAGUUCAAAUAAGAGGACUACGAAUUAUGCAAUGAGCAUGCAGUGAACAAUACAUAAACACUGAACACCCGCGAAGACCAAUUAAAAAGGUAUUGCUUAGCGUUGCAGACUUAGAGAUAACUAGCUCUAUGAAAUGAGUGGCAUAAUACGUCGUACAAAGUCGGCACAGUAUGCCAAACCCAUAAAUGGGUCGGUCGAAGAUGGGUUGUUUUGUAAACACCGGAGGAAACACCUCAAUAGUGCGGUGAGAAACAGAGCGAAGGAAUUAUGCGCCAAAGCAAGAUAUAUGUGCUCUGAUGAGGAAUGUCCAGCUCCGGCGGGAGACGCGCUACAUCAGAAUGGCUGCUGGGUGUGCGUGGUUGAAAGUUGUGGUAAAGUGUUUUGCCACAAGCACAGAGGAAUCCAUGCGGACACCACCGAUUGCGCACAUUCAAUAUUCUAUAAUCCACAUGCAGCGCUGGAUUGGUGCUAUGUGUGUGAUGUCUGCGACAGGCGGACGUCCUCCAGCGGGGUAGGAAUCGCUCGAUGCGGAGAUAUGGAUACGAUAUAUAGAUUGGAAGCCAAUCUAGCCCAUUCGAUGGGAAAGGUGGGGCUCGUGAACCUGGGAAAUACCUGCUAUAUGAACGCGGCAAUGCAGGCCUUGAUGAAUUGCGACCCGCUGGUAUACUACAUCCAAGACUGUUAUGACUAUCUCCGCAUCAUGUCUACAUUCAAAACGAGGACCUUCCGAUCGCAGAAAGCAGAUCCACUGUUGCUGGACUCAAUGGCUGAUCUCCUAGACAUGUAUUGGAGCGAUGAUCCCCCACGUGCGCUGGCACCAAAGGCCAUUUUACGUGACAUUGCACACGUGAAUAGGAUGUUCAGUGGAUAUGCGCAGCAUGAUUCACAGGAGUUUAUCGGCGCUCUGCUGGAUAGGCUGCACGAGGAAACCUUCCGCCCACAAAGCAUGUUGCCAGACCUGCAUCCACACGCAGAUGCACACGCAAAGCCCGCCAAAAACAAGCGCAAGAAAGUGCCGCACAGAGGCGCACGAGCACCCUCCGCACGCAAUCAGUCCAUGAUCAGCGAUCUCUUCGAGGGAACCCUGAGGAGUCAGGUUACCUGCCUCACCUGCGGCAACAGUUCCUUCAAGUUCGAUCCCUUCAUGACAAUACCCAUCGAAAUUGGGAACGCCUUAAGUAAUGGCUACGAAAACGAGGACGGCAUGUGGCAGAGUAUCAAGGGUGUGGCCACUGAAACAUACAGCUGGAUGACUGAUUGGAAGUCACUCACCCUGGAGGAGUGUCUGGAGCGCUUCUGUGAGGUGGAAAGUUUAAAUGGGGGCAAUCGAUACCGGUGUACCAGCUGUAAUGAUCUCACGCCGUCCACCAAGAGCCUGAGAUUCCAUCAUCUGCCCGAAAUACUAGUAAUCUGCCUGAAACGGUUCAGCCACCAUUCAUUCUACAGCUCUAAAGUCACCACUAAAGUAACCUAUCCUGUCACGGGCCUGAACAUGGACCCUUUCACUAUCCACCACGAGACACCGAUGUCCACGCCCGCCAACAGCCGAUCACACACCCCCAACCCACAAUCAGACAGCGCAUCCAGUCUCGCGCGCAAGGCGAUGAAGAACGCGCAGCAAACAGUCCCGCACAUGGCAAAUAAAACGGCGAGUGGCAAAGUUCACGCCGACGGCCUAAAGAAGAGUCAUUCAAAGGAAGCCAAGGCAAAGACAAAGAAGGCGACAGUGUCUUCAUGCGGCCACACAUCAACGCGGCAAACUUACACAGGCAAGACGAGGUUGGAUGCCAAGCAUGGAAGUGGCGUUAGGACAAGUACAGGUUCUAAGAGUGACGUGGGCGAAACGCCAGAGUUAACAGGAAGAACGGAAAGCCAUGCAACUAUACACUUCCGCGAAGACUUUGACUCGGGAUCAGACACAGACGGAGACCUGAGUGCGGAAGAACAAUGGAAGCGAGAUAUGCAGGAGAUGGAGGCCAAUAACAGGUGUUCCAAAUACAAUCUCACGGCAGUCAUUAACCAUAGCGGAGGCCUGGGUAACGGGCACUACAUUGGAUAUGCGAGGCAUUUCAUCAACAAUGAAUGGUUCAAGUACGAUGAUUCUCAUGUCACCAAGUGUAAAGAGAGUGAUGUAAAGAAGGUGGAAGGAUAUGUACUGUUUUAUCAGAAAGAUACUACCCAUCGCAGCGCCGAGCGACUGACCAUCAUGCAGCAGAUCCACGCCAUGGAAAUGGAGGACGAGAAACGAACCUCCGACACCAAACCCUCAACUCAAGCCAGUAGAAGUGGUACCACAAAGAACAAUGUUCAUAGGAGCAUGAGUGCGCGUACAAGUGCCAAUCCACGCGCUGCAGAGGCGCAGACGAGCUAUCUGGUGGCACGCACGUGGUUCACUAAGUGGUUGACGGUUGCUGAACCAGGGCCUAUCACGAAUACGGACGUGUUCUGUAGGCACGGUGGGAUCACACCGCAAUUGGCCAGUACGAGCGGCUCCAUGUGUGUCCGCGUUCCAGCUCAGGUGUGGAACACGUUUGUGUCAAUGUACGGCGGCGGACCAGCUGUCACACAACUGACGACGUGUGUGACGUGUGAGAGGGACUAUGUGCGCUUACAGAACAGGCGAGAGUACGAACGAGACGCUGUGCACAGACUGCACGACGAGGACACGCGCGAAAACAAUGAUAUCCGCCGGGGAGUGCUCUCUGAGGUAGACAACAACACCGACAGUAUAGAUUGCAGCCCACGGAAGCACGCCGCUGAGGCUAUGGAAGUGGAUGAUUCUGCGCAUGAUACGGAAAAUCCAGUCAACGACUACAUGGAGAGCCAAAGCACGUCCGAUGAUGCGGUGCGGAAGAGUUUCUUUCGCUUGGACUUGGGCGAUGACGGGGAUGGCUCGUCACCCGGGGCGUACAUAUCCCGCAUGUGUAGUCAACCCCCGGGCCACGCCGGCUCACACCCGCACACUCCGCUGGAGAGUAUAACCGAGAGCACCGGUCUGACCGACCACCCCGAACAACCGAAUGCACAGGCCGCAGGCGAAGCGGGUGCGCGUGUGACGUGCUACUACAUGGUGCCCAUAUCGUGGAUGAAGCAAUGGUCGGAGUAUACGCGUUCGUUCCACUUGCACGUACAGCCGCCGGGAGCCAUAGACACCAGCUUUCUCAUCAACGGGCAAACGGGCAGACCGAAGACGAACAUGAAGAAAGGCGUGCACUACGAUGUGGUGGGGCGCAGAGUGUGGGCGUUCCUAUGUCGUAGGUACGGGUGUGCGGAGGGCAGCGUGCCGAUUAUGCGCACCAAUCCACACCUGUAGCUGAUUAGACAGUGAGACGCCGUGAGGCUAUUAGAUACUUUGCAUGCGUCGCGCGCGUAUCCACGCAAGAACAAGACCAAUAAAAUCUAGUUUCUAGUCUUUUGAUGAUCAUACAGUUGGUUUGAGACCACGCACUGCCUGCAUUUUGAUGAGAUAUGCUGCUUGAAGAACAUCUUUGGUUUCAACCCGUUUUUGAUCAUAUGU